AUGUACUUCAACUACAAGGGCACUUAUUCCAUUGUGCUUCUUGCUGUGGUUUACUGCAACUACAAGUUCGUUGUUGUUGACGUGGGUGCAAACGGCAAGCAGAGCGACUGGGGAUUGCUCGAGCAGUCCAUAUUCGGGCAGUUACUGGACAAAGGCAAGCUGCAGCUUCCCCGGGACCUUCCACUACCGAACACGGCCCUGCCAGCUCCUUGUGGCUUUAUCGGGGAUGAGGCCUUCCAGCUGAGAACUGAUUUUUUGAGGCCAUACACAGGUCGAGGAUUGGAGGCCAGCAAAAGGGUAUUCAAUUACCGCCUCAGCAGAGCAAGAAGGUCUGUCGAGAAUGCUUUUGGAAUCCUGGUGACCCGGUGGAGGAUCCUCGGAAGACCAAUGGGAGAAAGCCCAGAAAAUGCUGAGCAGGUGGUGAAGGCACUGAAACCCUUGUUUGCGCUGGGCAAGAACAUUGCCAAGGCCAGCACCACUGGCGUCUGUAUCGACCUCUGCAGGGGCUGA